GGCAGUUCUACAUAUUCAAAGGUGACAAUAAUGCAUUAGUGAAACUCACAGACAACUCAUCAGCAUAUCAGUACAGUUUAUUACCUGGAUGUAAAUGUCCAAGAUGAGAAUCAGCUUGGAAAACAUAAAUUAUGACUUUUCAGACUAUAUGUCCGGCAAUGAUACGACCACGGCUGAAUAUGAAGAAACUUACUGCCCUGAAGAAGAUGAGACACCCAAAUAUUUCCGGAAAGUCAUUGUUCCCGUAAUUUAUUUCCUAGUCUUCUUGUUUGGGACCAUUGGAAAUGGUCUGGUGAUGCUGAUUCUGCUACGUUACAGGCAUUUGAGGACUCCAACUGACAACUAUUUGCUGCACCUCGCAAUGGCAGACCUACUCCUUGUCCUGGUCCUACCUUUUCUUGCCAUUGAAAGUAUUUUUGGGUGGCACUUUAGUGUCUUCCUUUGCAAACUGAUAGGUUCCAUCCACAAGCUCAACUUCUUCUGUAACAGCCUGCUGUUGGGGUGUAUCAGCUUUGACCGGUACCUUGCCAUUGUCCAUGCAGUCCAGACUUACAAAAAACGCAAAGCCAAAUAUGUCCACCUAGUCUGCUCAGUUGUCUGGGGGACAGGUUUUGUCCUUCAAAUUCCGAAUCUAAUCUUCUUAAAAGUUGAGAAUACUUUUCCCCAGAAUGAUAGCGUAUGCACCUACCCAUUAAAUAACUUUGACUCCAACAACUGGCUGCUAAGUGAGCAGAUUUUGUACCAUGUGAUUGGCUUUUCCUUGCCACUUGCUGUCAUGUGUUACUGUUAUACCAAGGUGGUCAAAACCCUGUGCAAGACUCAGAACUUUGAGAGACACAAGGCUGUCAAGGUUGUGCUGACGAUCACUGUGAUGUUUUUCAUCUGUUGGUCUCCUUACAAUGUGGCGAAAGUCAUCAAGACAUUACGAAUGCUCGAUGUGAUCAAUGAAGGUUGUGAUUUCUACAGAAAACUGACAUUUACCAUUGUGGUGACAGAGAGCAUUGGAUUCACUCACAGUUGCCUGAAUCCAGUUCUUUAUGUGUUCAUUGGAGUCAAGUUCAGAAAUGACAUCUUGAAACUUCUGAGAGAGAUGGGCUGCAUUAGUCAAGCAACCAUGGACAGCCACUUUCAGCUGAAACGUGCUGGGAAGAAUGGAAGCCCUUCACUUUCUGAAAAUACCACCUCCUGGUCUAAUGUUUAAACAUGGAGCUAAUUUCAGCCAGUGUUUGACAGGAACCAGAAAAUAGGGGUUUAAUAAAACAGAGAUUGGAACUAUCAAAGUCAAAUUAGGUGUGCAACAGACAAAUUAAUUUCAAUAUAUGUGUGAAGUGGUGCAUUCUGAUAGCAGGAAUAAAGAGGUCACAUACACCUUGGAAAAUAAGUGCCUAAAUGGGAUAGAGGAACAGACAGGUCUUGGGAUACAGGUUCACAAACCAUUAAAAGUAGUGAUGCAGGUUUGUUCAUUCGUUGGUGUCAUCAUCUUCCCAGAAGGUUGACUGCUAUAGAUCUCCACCUGUCUGGCCUGUGUUGCCCUUACACAUUCUGCAUAAAUCAACUGCAUCCAGUCCAUUACACACCAUCCAUUUUCUCCCCUGCUUCCCUCCUACAUUUUCCAUCAAACUACCCCCACCAUUAACUGUCUUUGUCCACCAUCUGCUUUAGUGAUGUGACUAAAGUAUUGUAUCUUUCUCUCUUUGAUGUUAGGCACUAACUUCUUCUUUUCUCCAGCCAUUUCCACAACUUCCUUGUUAGUCUGUGUAGAAUAUGCGAAACAUCCUCCUCUAUGCCCAUACCUCAAAUGCAUUCAGUUGAUCAAUAGUCUCUUUGUUAAUAAGGGUUAGCAAGGUCAUAAAAAAAAAAACAAAGCACUGGAGUUCAUACUAGAGGAAUAGAAUUGAAAAGCAGGGAAGUUAUGUUAAACUUGUACAGAACCUUGCUUAGACCACACUUUGAGCACUAUGAAGAAUUCUAGUCUCCAUUUGACAAAUGGAUUAUAGAGGCAGUGCAGAAGGUACAAAAAGACUUGGAAGGAUAAAAGGUUAUACCUAACCUGAACACACUGGGGCUUGAGAAAAGGAAAGGUGACCUAAUUGAAGUCUUUAAAACGAUGAGGAAAAUUGCUAGGGUAGAUGUAGAGAAGAUGUUUCCAAUUGUUGUGGAGUCCAAAACUAACAGCAUAAAUAUAAGAUAGUCACAAAGAAAUCCAAUCAGGAAUUCAGGAGAAACUUCUUUACCCAGAGAAUGUUGAGAAUGUGGAACUCACUAGAUAGAUUUGAGGAGAAGCUAGAUAAACAUGAGGGUGCAAGGUAUAGAACAAUACAUUGAUGGGAUUAGAUAAAAUGCUGCUGGAGUCCAGGAUGGGGACUUGACAAACUCAGAUACAAUAUCAUGAGUUGGAAGUUAUUUGAAUUUUUUUUUUGAAAUUUUGGACACUUGGUUAUUCAUAGAACCAUAGUACAGGAGGAGGUCAUUUGGCCUAGAAGCAGGUGCUGGUGCUUUGAAAGAGCUACUCAAUUAAUCCCACUUCUCUUUGUCCUUUCCCCAUAACCCUGCAGUUUUUAUUCCACAAGUAUUUAUUCAAUUCCUUUUUGAAGGUUACCAUUGAAUCUGCUUCCAUCGCCCUUUCAGGCAGCACAUUCCAGAUCACGACUCACUGUAAAAAAGUUUCUGCUCAUUUCCUCCCUGUAUCUUUUGUCUCAGUUACCAUGGUCAAUCCUGGAGACGAGGUAUCAAUGGGUAUCCAUUGCUAUCCCUUCCCUAUUGGAUCAUCGCUCAGUAUUGUUUAACAUCUUCUUCACCAAACCAUGGCUACUGCAUCCAUAUUCUCCUGGAUUUAAACAUGGCUAGUUAAGGGUGUUCAAGGCUGGCCAUGGGGAUGUGCAAGUGGGGCCCAGGAGUGACUGUCCCUCUUCUUUGUGAUCAAACAGAAGUAGGCCAUUCAGCCCUUUGAGUCUGUUCCACCAUUUGAUUAGAACAUGGCUGCUCUGUAUCUGAACUCCAUCUCCUUACCUUGGUUCUGUAACCCUUAAUAUCUUUGUCUAACAAGGCUAUCAAUCGCAUAUUAGAAAUUUUUACUUGACCCCCAGUCUCAACAGCUUUUUGGGAGAGAGUUCCAGAUUUCCACAACCCCUUGUGUGAAGGAGCUCUUCUGACAUCACCCUGAAUGGCCUCGCUCUAAUUUUAAGGUUCUGUCCCCUUGUUCUGGACUCCCCCCAUCACAGAAAAUCAUUUCUUUCUAUCUUCUCUAUCAAACCCUUUAAUUAUCUAAACACCUCAAUUAGAUCACCCUGAACCUUGAUGUGCCAAGGGAUGGAAACCUGGGUUAUGUAAAUAUAAAUUUAAUCCCUUUAGCCUUAGCAAUUUGCACUGCACCCCCUCCAAGAUCAAUAUAACCUGCCAGAGGUGGUCCCCAAAACUGUAAACCUGCACAGGGCGGAGUAAUGGAUCAUGUGUCCAAACUAGACAUGACAUAGUGUAACUGCUGGUGCGACAAUGCCUAUCCAAAUUCUCCACGUUUCUGUUAUUAGGCAGCAAUGUUUCUCUGGUUGAAUGUAGUUACAAUCAUCCUGACAAGGAAUUUCUGGGGUGGGGGUGUUAGAUUAGCUUGAGCUCUACUUAAUAUUUUAUAUGUGAUGCUUGCACAGCUGAAUGGUCUGUUAAGAGUCAUUGACGAGUGUCAGGUUUGAAGAACAAACAGUUAGUUGAGGUACCAGGGAGUGAGCACUUACAGAAAAUUCUGGAAAAAGCUUUUGUAUCUAUUUAAAGGGAAGGUUCUCUCAUUAAAUGAUUGUACAAAACAAAACCACUAGAAAACACAGAGCUUACUGAUACCUUUAAGAAAACAGCAUUUAAUCUCAUCACAAAGAUGUGUUCAAAAUUGGUUGAAACUUCAAGAAGAACUUUGCGAGUAUGCUCGUGGCAGAGAGCUGAUUGUCUGGUGAUCAUUGUGGAGAUUCAGUUUGGCUUCAGGAACUGCACUGAUCCCUGUAAAAAAAAAAUCCUCCAGCAACAGAAACUCCAGCAACCUGCAGUAAUAAUGUUGUCUGGAGUCACCAGAAACUGAAACACUCUCCAAGUUAUUUUGCUUUCUUCUGACUUUCAAUGUUAAUUCAGAUUUUGAGAACGAUAGGCUGCUGACUGCAAACAGCUGGCCAUUUAGAAACUGCUCAAAACUCUGUGAAUUAAACUCAGCCAUUUACUGUUGCCUUGAUAUUGCUAGAAUUUGUUUGAUACUUGCUAAUAAAAGGGAGCAUAAAAGUG